CCAACCCCAGCUCUCCAAGGAGAGGGGCGUCGGGGGGGAGGAGGGAUCUGACGCCCAACUCACCAGUUGCACUGGAUUAUUGCGGAAACUACCUACGCUCCUGGUAACCUUGGAACGAACCCCACGGCUUGGAACUUGCUUUCCGUUCCUAGCGUGAACCGCACCGUUUCCUUCCUACCAUCCUCCGACCCCGAUAUAAUAUAAUGCAACAAGCAAAGGUUGGCGUGCGACUUGGGCAGCGGUAGAGGCCGGAAGAGGAGUAGGAGGAGGCGAUGGCCGACGAUCCGAUUGGGCGGCUGCACCGGAUCCGGCGGACGGUGAUGCAGAUGCUGAAAGAUCGGGGGUACCUGGUGGUGGACUUCGAGAUCAACAUGUCCAAGAUCGACUUCCUCCACAAGUUUGGCGAGGGCGUCAAGCGGGAGGACCUCCUCAUCAACAAGUCCAAGAAGAACGACCCCGCCGAUCAGAUAUAUGUUUUCUUUCCUAAUGAUGACAAAGUUGGUGUGAAACAUAUAAAGAAAUAUGCUGAAUUGAUGAAGGUAGAGAGUGUUCCUAGAGCAAUUUUAGUUCUUCAGCAGAAUCUGACUCCAUUUGCAAGAUCAUAUCUUCAAGAAUUGUCUCCAAAAUAUCACUCGGAGAUCUUCCAGGAAGCUGAGCUACUGAUCAACAUUAAGGAACAUGUUCUUGUUCCAAAGCACCAAUUGCUUACAAAUGAGGAAAAGAAGACUCUAUUAGAGCGGUAUACUUUAAAAGAAACUCAGAUUUUGAUGAUAAUAUUCUUAACAACAAAGCCAUAGAAUAUCUGCUACAGCUAUAACAACUUUUAAUUACUACUGCAAGAAAAAGACACCCACUCUAUGUGGAAAGAUGGUGUGAUUCUCAUGCAAAAACUAUGGACCAUUCCAAGCAGGGUUGAUCACUUGCCCUCAGCAAGGUCAUCCUUUGAGCCGCCUAUCAUCUAUCAACCUAGCAUUGUGGAACAUGCAUAAGAAUUUGAAGACACUUUGAGACAUAAAGGCUUACAUUUUCAGCUCCUAGUGCUAACGGAAGUAAUUGUUUACAUUAAGAUCUGGGAAACUUCCUCAUCAAGUUACCGAUCGCAUGUCAACUUUCAAGUUUAGCAAUAGAGACAAAAAGAAGUACAGAUGUUGGAGAAGUACAAGCAAUGCAUCCCAGAAUGCACUUCACCAUAUAACACUACUGAGCCAUGCAUUGUAA